AUGAAAGUAAUAUUUUUUUUGGCKUGCGCGUUCGCGCUCUGCGCCUACACUUUGGCCACUGAAGAGUCGGCCAACAAAGUAAAAUCGGACGAAAGCCAAUCCAAAAGAAGCGUAUCUGAAUUCAGCAACGGAUACGAAGGCGAAUCUGAAAUCUCGGGAGACAGCUACGACCAUGGCGGCUCUGAAUACGCAAGUGACAACUAUGGACAUGGUGGCUCUGAAUAUGUGAGCGGUGGUUUCGGACAAGGUGAUUUCGGUGCCGGAAACGGUGACUACAGUUUUGGAAAUAUUGGUGAAGGUUACAGUGGAUCAUACGGUGGCCACCAACAAUCGUCGUACUACCACGUACCAGUCAAGACCAUAACCAAAAAUGUGCCACAACCGUAUCCCGUGGAA